AUGGCAUCCAACAAGUCCAUUGCUUCCCCUGGGCUCCUGCUGUUCCUAGCCGUGGCACUCGUGUUGACGGCUACUUCAGUGCGCGCCCAGUCACCGUCUCCGACACCUGCUCCGCCCGCACCGACGACGCUGCCGCCUGCCGGGGCACCAUCCCAAAACCCGUGCCCUUCCGGCUUCAAUAACACAGUCACGUUCGCUCAAGGCGUGAGAGCCUAUCUUCUCCGCGGCAUCUCUCUCAUCUUCUCCCCUGUCAAGGUCACCCCAGGCACCAGCACCACAAGAUGCUUUUGCUAUUACUCUACCAACAUCACCAUCCCCGUUCCCUUCUUCCCACCCAUUGUGGUGCCCAACCCCAAUGGCCCCCUCGCAUGCGUGCCAGGCCCCCAAAUAUGA